AUGGAUUCUGCUGUGUUAAAGGUGAAACCAAAAUCAAAAUCAAGGUUUGUGGAGGUAAUCGAUAUUGUAGAGAAAUCACCAUGCGGUCGAUACACAAGGAGCAGCGAAAUCUUGGGUUCAGGAGCAUUCAAGGACGUGUACAAAGGGUUUGAUCAAGUUCAUGGAAUAGAGAUUGCUUGGAAUCAGAUUUGCAUAGAUCGAGACGAUGCUUUCCGGUCUCCGGAAAAUCAAGAACGUUUAUGCUUGGAGGCUCUCUUGUUACAAACGUUGAAACAUGAGAAUAUAAUGAAUUGUUACUGCUAUUGGGUCGAUGAUAAAACCAAUACUAUAAACAUAAUCACCGAGUUCUGUAGUUCUGGGAGCUUGAGGCAGUACAGUAAAAAGAAUCAGACUAGUGUUGAUAUGAAGGCCAUCAAGAACUGGGCCAUUCAGAUUCUUCAAGGUUUACACUAUCUCCAUACUCGCAAUCCUCCUGUCAUUCACAGAGACAUAAAGUCCGAUAACAUUUUGGUCAAUGGGGAAAACGGAGGAGAGGUUAAAAUCGGAGAUUUUGGGUUGGCCACCGUCAUGCAGGACGGUCCGGCGCAAACGGUCGUUGGAACGCCGCAGUUCAUGGCGCCGGAGUUUUACGACGAGGAAUACAAUGAACUUGUGGACAUAUAUGCUUUUGGGAUGUGCAUGUUGGAGUUGAUUAGUGGUGAGUACCCUUAUAGUGAAUGUGAAAAUCAGUUACAGAUAUACAAGAAAGUUGUAUCUGGUAUAAAACCUGUUUGCUUUGAAAAAGUUGAGGAUACCCAAGUGAAGGAGUUCAUAGAGAAGUGUUUGGUUGAUGCAUCUGAGAGAUUAUCUGCAGUGGAGCUCUUGAAAGAUCCGUUUCUUUCAUCUGAAAAUUUGGAUGGGUAUUUACUUGAAUCUUUGGAGAUACCCUCAAGUGAUAAGCCCAGUCUUAAUUCUCUAAUCUCCAUGGUCAUAGACCCCAGCUCAUGCGAGGAUUGUUCUAAAGUUCACAAUGACUUAAACUCAUUGUGUCGUUCUGAACAUGGCGGUGAAGAUAUGGGUGUUUUCAAGGAUUUGAAGGUCUGUUUUGAUGAUUCAUGUGGUGCCAUAUCUAAACGCCUGAGCUUGAGGGUGUCUUGUUUAUCAGUGGAGGAGAGUGAAGAUGAAGAUGAGUGCUAUGGCUUGAAGAUGGAGCUUGAUGCUAUGGAUAUGCAGAAUCUGUACCCGCAUAGGAAAUUGUAUGGUAUGCUCGCAAAGCUAGUUUAUUGA